AUGCCAGGAGGCAGCGGCCCGGCACACUCACAUCACCUGCCUCUCCUGGAAGCAUCAGAAGCCGGGUCAAGCCAAUAUGUCCUGAGCUCACCUGCCUCUUUGCUUAGUGGUGAGACGGGAAAGGCCUGCGUGAACAUUGUGGGCAACACAGAAAAGUUGGAUGUAAGUCUGAUAUUGCAGCAUGAAGGAAAGAACACAACCAUUAUUGGAGAAGAUGUCUCCUUGCCUUCAUACUUCCAGUGUGCUGAUUACAAGUUCCCCACAGUUUACCUAAUGGAUCCUUCAAGGACCAGGAUCAAGCAAUGGCGAAACCAAGAAACGAAGCGUGGGGUGUUGUCAAUGGAGUUCCCGCUGAUCAACGAUGCACCUGUUGGUUCCUACAACGUCAUAGCUGAGAGAGAAUCCAGUUAUUCAAUGUCACAAUAUUUCACAGUGGAAGAAUAUGUGCUGCCCAGGUUCAGUGUGGCCGUGGAUGUCCCAGACACGAUCUCUGCAUUGCAAGGUGUUCUGAAGUUCUCAAUCUCUGCAACGUACACCUAUGGUGAACCAGUGGCUGGCAAAGUCACAACGCUAUAUUGUAAACAGUCCGGUUUGUAUGGCAGACGCCAGAACUGCCUCGGAGAGAAAGGAGAGGUCUGCUCCAAUAUGACAGGAGAGCUCAGUCGUGAAGGGGUUUACAAUGGUGCCAUAGACAUGUCUGGACGUUCCAUGGGGUUGACGGGAAUGUCCGUGCGACUAGAGUCUAUAAUUACUGAGGAUGGAACAGGAAUCCAAGUUUCAAAUUCCCGUUAUGUGUGGGUCACCACCCAACCAGCAAGGCUUAACUUUGACUACAGUGCCAUGAAUCAGCACUACAAACGGGGUAUUCCAUAUCCUAUUGUGGCACGACUAGUUGAUCAAGAAAAACCAAUUCCAAACGAAGACGUUGAAAUAGAGCUCAACCAGAAUCUGAUUGGGACUGUGAAGACUGACUCUGAUGGGAAAAUAGAGUAUGGGAUGGACACAUCUAAUAUGGUGGCAACAAACUUUACAGUCCGGAUCAGUUAUAAGAACCCCGAUCAGUGUUAUUAUGCCGACUGGAGGGACACAGACUAUCCAACAGCUGAAUACACGGCUUUCCGUUUCUACUCUCGAACGGGUAGCUUCAUUCAGGCAAAGCGCGUACAAGGCGAAUUAAAAUGUGGGCAGAGCAAAAAUUUUGAGAUGCAGUAUGCCAUGAGCCGGGAUGGCGUCGGAGAGAAAGCAACUUCAGUCAGAUUCUAUUAUCUAGUCAUGGCAAGAUCGAAGAUUAUUCACGCCGGUCACCAAGAUGCUGAUUUGACCAGCUCAAUGAAUGGCUCUGUUUACAUCCCUCUCUCUGUGUCUGCGGACAUGGCGCCCAAUGCCAACCUGGUUGUAUUCAGCAUCUUGAAGGGAGAGGUUGUUGUUGAGAAAGUCUCUAUGGACAUAGAGAAGUGCUUCAAAAACAAAGUUGACAUGGCUUUCUCAGAAGAGAAGGGGAUGCCGGGAGCCACUGCUGAAGUUCUACUCUCAGGCGACCCAGAAUCCAUUUGUGGGCUCAGAGUUAUUGACUCCAGCCUCUUGUUACUUAACCGCUACGAGCGUUUUUCACCUGAGAGUAUCCAUGGCUUAUUUUCCUACUGGUCCUAUGGCUACGAUAUCGCUGGUUUUAAUGUGGAGGAUCCAGAGCCUCAAUGUCUAGACCCGAACAAGCUGAUCUUCUUUAAAGGGAUUGACUAUUUACCUGUGAGCAGCGACUCUGAAGGUGACAGCUACCAGAAUCUUAAGGAAGCCGGAUUGAUUUUUGCAACCAGAGACCAAGUGAGAAAGCCGAAGGUCUGCGACUACAGAUAUAACCAGCGGCCUAAUUACGGCUUAACUGCAGAUGGGGCAGUUCCAGAAGCUUCAAUUUCCCUCAAAUCUGCUAACAAUCAAGGUUUUGCUGGCGGUGCCGGUGGUGGUGGAGGUCCUGCGAUUGAGACUGUUCGGACAAACUUCUCGGACACUUUCAUGUGGUUCAUGGUUCCUCUUGAUAAAGACGGUCACGCUGCUUUAUCGGAAAUUGUCCCAGACACCAUCACACAGUGGAAAGGAACUGCUUUCUGCCUGUCCGAUAAGGGAGGUUUUGGGAUGACCAAGUAUGCGGCCAACUAUACAACAUACUUGCCGUUCUUCGUCGAGCUCACCAAGCCCUAUUCCUUCAUCCGGGGGGAGACUUUAGUCCUGGUAGCAGUUGUACAAAACUAUCUGGAGCAAGCUGUCAAGGUUCGACUGACUUUGGUAGCUUCCAACGCUUUCACUGCUCAACUGAAGGAAGGAACCCAGGACGCCUGUGUGCUCCCCAAAAACCGAGCCUCCUAUUCCUGGGAGGUUCAAGCAAAUGUUCUUGGAGAGAUUAGCUUCUCAGUGACGGCACAAACCACUUUUAUUGGGCAGUCAUGUGAUGGAUCUAAUGAUGCUUCCCAGCCUCCUCGCAAGGACACCGUUGUGCAAUCCAUUUUAGUAGAGCCUGAAGGAAUCAGCCAAGAACUGACUUUAAGCAAUCUCGUCUUUGUGAAACUCUUAGCCCACACAGGGUUGCACAGGUCUGUCCUCUUCAGAUGGCUGUCUCAGACUGAGCGGACACAGCAGCCACCACUCCUAGUCUCCUCCUCUUUCCUGCACAGCCUCCUGGGAGCUCCAGCUUCCAAGAUCAUCCUGGGUGAUGUGUUUGGACUCCCAUUGCAAAACCUUAAGGAUUUGGUCCAGAAGCCGUAUGGAUGCGCAGAACAAAACCUGGCACGAGUAGCUCCUAUUGUACAUGUGCUUGACUAUCUCAACAACACAGGCCAGCUUACGCCUGACAUUUUGGAGAAGGGGAAGCAGUACAUAUUGGAGGGAUAUUAUCGUCACCUUGGAUAUGCCAGCGGAGACGCUUAUAGAGUGUUUCACAGCUCCGUAGAACCCAAUUCAUGGCUGACCGUAUACAGCAUGAAGACCUUUGAACAAGCCAAGAGAUACAUUGAAAUUGAUGAAACCAGACAGCAGCAAACCCUCAUCUGGCUGGAGAACCAGCAGAGGCUUGACAAUGGCUGCUUUGAACCCCAAGGAACCUUGUUCACAUUCCAGGUCAGAAAAGACACAAACAGUUCCAUCCACUACACGGCAUAUGUUGCAAUUUCACUUCUCGAAUCCAAAUACAGCUUGGGGAAAACGCUGCUGGACGGAGCUAUGGGGUGUCUGAAAAAUGCAUCAAAAACAAAGCAAAAAACUGGUGAUGAAGUCCUCAUGCUGUACGCCUUCACACUGGCUGGUCUCCCAGAAUACAGAGAUCCUCUGAUGGCAAAACUCAUGAAGAAAGCCAUAGUUAAAGAUGGCACAAUACACUGGGAAAGAGAAGACAUGCCUACAUUGCGGCCAGUUCCAUUCUUCUUUCCUAUAUAUAACUCAGCUGAGGUGCAGCUCACGGCUUACAUGUUACUAAGCAUGAUUCAAGCGAAUGUUAAACCGACUACCCCGGCAAUGCCGGCAUUGGGGUCCAAUAAACCGAAAUCAACCGUAGCGCCCCCUGUAUCUGAAAAAGUCCUGGCAACAAUGGCUCAGAUGUCCCUGUGGCUCACUCGGCAGCAGAACGCUCAUGGAGGGUUCCCCUCUACAUCGGACACGGUUGUCGGUCUCCAGGCUCUCGCUGCUUUUGCAAAGCUGCUGUACAUGACCGUAAUCAAAUACAAUAUCCCGAUACCGAAAGACAACUCUGCUUUCUCCCUAUCCUUGUCCACCGCCUCCAAUACCUGCCUGAAUGGAGUGACUAAGGCUUUCAACAUGACUGCCAAUCUCAGCUAUCGUGGAAAGCGGAAAGCCGCCGGCAUGACAAUGAUCAAGAUAAGGAUGCUGUCUGGAUACCACCCAGAUUUCUGGUCCCUGAGACAGCCGAUCUCUUUUACAUUCAGAGUAUUAAUGGGUGAGAGGGUGCUGAACGUGAAGAAAAGCUCUGCUGUAGCUUAUGACUACUAUCAACAAGAUUUAACUCCUGAGUUUAUAGUCACUUUGGUUAUCAGCAUGUACUCCAUCUUUCAGUCUUCUGCUUUCAGCACCAGACAGCUGGACAGCUCCACUCUUAAGCGGCUUUCAAGUAGGCGGUGGGGCCCGGCCUCGUCCACUGUAGGAACGGCAUUGCUGGAGCCCGGCCUCCUCUUCCGCUGCCGGACCGCCACUGAUGAGCCGGCCUCCUCCACCGUCAGACCGCUGCUGCUGGACCCCGUCCUCCUCCCCCGUCAGUGUACCCCCCCAGCCUUGGCCCUGCGGCAGCCGCACCGGCUACACGGCCGGUAG